AUGGUUCUCAAGACAGAGCUUUGCCGUUUCAGUGGUGCCAAGAUAUACCCUGGCAAAGGCAUCAGAUUUAUUCGCUCAGACUCUCAGGUUUUCCUCUUUGCUAACUCGAAAUGCAAGAGGUACUUCCACAACCGCCUGAGGCCUGCGAAGCUUACAUGGACCGCCAUGUACCGUAAACAGCACAAGAAGGAUAUUGCUGCUGAAGCUGUGAAGAAGAGGCGUAGGGCCACGAAAAAACCCUACUCGAGGUCCAUUGUCGGUGCCACAUUGGAAGUCAUCCAGAAGAGGAGAACUGAAAAGCCUGAAGUCCGUGAUGCUGCACGUGAAGCCGCUUUACGUGAAAUCAAGGAGAGGAUCAAGAAAACGAAGGACGAGAAGAAAGCUAAAAAGGCGGAGUUGAUUUCCAAGCAGAAGACGAGCAAGGGCAAUUUGCCCAAGGGCGGUGCUGGAUCGAAGGGUCCUAAGAUUGGCGGUGGUGGUGGCAAGCGUUGA